GAUCUUAGUUCACCACUACCAUCACCCUCAACGGUAUUGAACGACCUCUUCUCCCUGCUGUCGCCUUUACUCUUGACGGAGCGCUCUGAUCCUCAAUUCAUAAUCAAUUCUCAGACUCAGACGAUCCAACCUCAAAUUCCUGUGACUCGCUGGUUGCGCAUCAAGCAUCAAGUCCACGCCAACACGCCUCUCUCUUUAACUUCGACCACUGCAUCAUAUCUCUCUCAAACUACAUAUAGAAAACCUAGAAACAUGUCACAGAGUCGGCCCCUUCCAAUACCACCUCAACACCCAGGGGAACAGGUUGACUGCCGCCUGCAGACCCCUCCGCCCGUCUACCUCGUGGAUGGUCUCAGGACUCCUUCUACACGUCCUCUACCUUUACCACCUGUCAUCCAGCAAGCAGAGAACACAAGUGUCGUUAUGCCAGCAGAGGAGAGCCCUCCACCACCCCCAAUCUCGCAAGCCCCCUCAAACCAUCUCGUUCACUUGGUGAAGAAGAUUUUCAAUCAUCUCAUGUUGCAAGGCCCUUCAAAACUCCCAAGAUGGGCCCAACUGCUAUUCAGGAGCACCUUUCUAGCAGGAUUCUUUUAUUUACUCUACCAAUUAGAUCAGUCGAGUUUCAGUCGAUGGAGGAGUGCCUCAAGUGGAGAGGAAAUGCGAAUUGUGUUGUGGUUGAUGGAAGUCAUCUUUCUGGCAAUGUUUCCCGCUACUGCAUGGGCUUGCCACCGCGAGUUUGAAGUGGGCAAGCAUCUGACAUCGUUCAUUUCAGUUUCGGUGUUCAUAAUUUCAGGAACAAUAUUUUCUCCAGGGGCCUCAAAAUGGCAGGAAGCAGCAGAAGGAUUUGUUCAAAUUGGCUUCUUGCUUUUUCUCUUCACUAUUGCCAUGGUUUGGAAGAAGGCUUAUAUUCCACUCAAUCCGCUAUUCCAGCUACCUCAGAGAAACCGAAGGAAUCAUGAAUCCGAAGAGAGAAUCGAAAUGUCGCCCAGGCGCCGUGCUACACUCCAAGAGUAA